AUGUACUUAGUCGACUGGGAGCACCCCUCAGACUCUAAGCAAGGUCAGGACUUCAUCGCUUUACUGGCAGACCUUCGUCAAUUUUUGCCUGGCCCACAAUAUACUCUCUCAACCGCUCUUCCUGCUGGGGAAUGGGCACUUCAGCAUAUCAACCUCGGCCAUGCCGCCCACUACCUCGACAUGAUCAAUCUAAUGGCUUACGACUAUUCGGGCCCAUGGACCAGCAAAUGUGGCCACCAAGCCCAGCUCUUCACUCCCCAGAUUCCACACAGCCCUGAAGCAGCUAUAUCCGGUCACUCCGCUGUAUCAUACCUGGUCCGCCAGGGAGUGCCAACUCACAAGAUUGUCCUCGGUGUUCCCGCGUACGGUCGAAGUUUCACGGGAACAAAAGGCGUAGGCCACGGAUUCUCCGGACAGGCUGGAGAAGAAGGUACUUUUGAGUACCGCGACUUGCCCCGACCCGGUGCGACUGAACAUGUGGACGAGAGAGUCGGUGCCGCUUACUGCAUGGGCGGUGACGGAGGCUUUGUUACCUACGAUACACCGCAGACUGUCCGGAUGAAGGCCGAUUACGUGCGACAAAAUGCGCUUGGUGGGCUGUUCUACUGGACAGGUACGGGGGAUGCAAGCUCGCUCACGCAAAAGGACCGCAGUUUGGUCUACAAUGGUUUCUUGGGUCUGUUCCCGCAAUAG